AUGAGUAGAUUUUUCCAAACCGAUCUCCCAAGCUCUUCAUCCUGCAUAAAGCCAGACAGAAUUAGCCUCGCAGAUUGCUUAGCUUGCAGCGGAUGUAUAACUGCCUCUGAGAAAGAGAGCUUCAGAGUCGAUACAUCGUUUCUCAGUAACAAGGACCAAACAUACUCUUUUAUCCUUUCCAGCCAGUCCAAAGAAAACAUCAGUCGGCUAUAUCCAGAAAUCAACUACUGUUCGUUUGAAAAGUCUCUAGUUAAGUUUCUAAAAGAGCAUUUUAGUGUUUACAAAGUUGUAGAUACUUCGUAUUUCAGAAAAGGCACAGAAGUGGGCAUUUCAAGCGAAUGUCCGGCUGUGGUUCUGUAUGUAGAGCGAGUGUUUCCAAGCCUAAUUCCGAUGCUUUCAACAAGAAAGACCUUCCAGCAAACAGCAGCCGAUUUUAUUACGAAUGGCGGUAAAAACCAUGCACCAAGUAUCAAAGAUCAUAAAAUAGUCAGUGUCAUGCAGUGCUAUGACAAAAAAGACGAGCUGAGAAGAGACAACACUGACAUCAGCUAUUUUCUGGGAACAAAGGAGUUUUAUGAGUUUCUGAAGGAUAAAUUUCAUCCUGAAAACUCAAUAGAGUAUGAGGUUUUGCCGUGGGAGGUAUCGCAUAGCCAGGACAUUAUGGAAGUAUCGGGAAUUGAAAGCUGCAUAAACCAUCUAAACAAAGCGAAGCACAGUAGCCAAUGUGGAUUUGUGGAGCUUAGAAUCUGCAAAAGUGGGUGUAUAAAUGGGCCUGCCCAGCUGAGAAAUUCAGAUGAGGUUUUGGAACGUGUCAUUUCAGUCGAACGACAUGGGUCGGUGCAUUUUGACACUGAAGAAAGGCAGUUUAUCAUUCCUAAAAAGAGGACCUUUCGGGUUGAAUGGUAA